AAAUACAUGGACAAGGUAUGACAGAAAUACAUGCUUUGGUUAAGUUUCCCUGGCACUGUUCCACUGCUAACGUUUUAGCAUUUAUGGCAUAAGUAUAUACAUAUAUACUUAUAUUAGCAUUUUUCCCCAUCAUUUUCAAAUCCUCUAGAAGGGACUUUGUUGAGCUUCACAAUACAUUUGAGAUACUUUUAGAUGAUUUGGACUUGAUGCGUGAAAAAUCCUAGUAAUGGUACCAUGACUUGAAUAGGAUUUGUGACACAAAUGUUAAAACGGUUCCAGGGGAAUAUGUAGUACCACCGAUUUACGUUAGGUGGCGGAAUGGUCUAAUAGAAAAGUAUAUCUUCGAGUUUACAGUACAAUAGGUAUUGAAAACAUCAGCCUUGGCUUGAACACCGCAAGCUCAAACAACGGAAAGAGCGUGACAACACCAGCACGUUGUGGAAGCGUUUUUACCCAAUUCUGUGCCAUGCAGCUUAGUACCUAAUGAAAGACUGUGCGCAUAGACUGCUCCAGUUGCCUUUUCUUGUCAGUUUUCCUUCGGUUUCCAAGACACAGCAUUGUAUUUGUUUGACAGUGCAUCCUUGACCAGUUUGGAAUCGAACCCACUGUUGAGAGAUGGAAAAGGAAAAUAUACAUGGAUCAUCACAUCAGUACGGCUCUCUGGAAUGCACUAAAUGGAAUACAGACAAUUCCAAAACAGAAGAGGACAUCGUCUCCAUGGCAGACUCCACCAUCACCAUAGAUGACAUCGAGGGAGAGCUUUUCAAGAUUGACAGGAUUCGAGAUGUGCUGGUCAGAAGAGAGUCAGAACUCAGAUACAUGAUGGAUGACAUUCAGCUGUGUAAGGAAAUCACUCGCCUCAAGAAGGAGCUCCAGAAACUGGUGUCCGUACCAGACAAUGACAAGUCCAACGAGGACAGACAGAAAGAGGAGGAUCUUCUCCAGCAGAUUCACAAGCUGGUGGAGACCAGAGAUUUCCUUGUUGACGAUGUGGAGUUUGAGAGGCUAAGGGAAAGGGAGGAGGACAAAGAAAUGGCGGAUUUCCUCCAGUCCAAGUUCCCCAGAAACUCCAAGAAGAAAGGUCAGAUUCCAGCCAGACGGCUAACGUCCAGGGCCCAGCAGACCUCGUCCCCCUUCACCAAGACAGGCCUGUCCCUGCUGAAGGAGUGCUGUGGCUUCACCUGCUCCAUCAUGUAGGCCGGGCCCUCAGGGGCUCUAACAUGGAGCCAAAAUAGAGCCCUGAUACAUCACAGUUUCAGCAUUCCAACCCUUGAAGUACGGACAGACAACGAGCUAGUGGAGAAUUUUCAAGGAUAUUUUGGGGAUGUCGCCAGGAUGAGAUUGAUAGUGUUUUAUCUCCCAAUCUAUGCUACAUCCCAUCUGGGCUGUGUUUCUCUCUCUCUCUCUCUCUCUCUGUGUCUCUCUCUCUAUCUCUCUCUCUGUGUCUCUCUCUGUCUCUCUCUGUCUCUCUCUCUCUCCCGCCUUUCCUCUCCCCCUUCCCCCUCCCUCUAUCUCUCUCUGUCUUCUCUCCAUCAUUAGGGCUCCAGUCCUAUCUGCUCUUCUAGUUGGGUUCUAUACCCAGUGUCCCCUCUCCACAUAAGGCUCAUCCCCCAUGAGGCUGUGCAAUGAUCUUCCAUCGUCUGUAUCAGACUAUUCUCAUUCAUCAUUGUCAGAGUCCCUCCCACUGCCUCUCCCUGCCUCUCAAUGGUGUCACCAAUGCUCUCAGAGCAGUUCAUCCUGGUCAAUCUCACUGGCUUUGGUACCUCUGUACCUAGAACCUGUCCCUUCACAAAGAUUGGAUGUAAACGGCAUUUGCAUAAGUCAGAUAUUGCUAUCAAAUAAUGUACAAAGUGCUACUUGUCUACCAGUUACAGAUGUUAAAUAUUGCUACCCCGGUGAAGAUUAUUAUUUAUGAUGCAUGAGACAAAACCCAACAGUGAAGAUGUACUGUACAGUAUUUUCUAAUUGGGACAUUAUACAUACAUCUCUUUAAGUCCUGUUUAGUCUCCCUAACUCUUUUACAUUUCAAAUUACUGUAGUUGCCUUUGAACAGACUUCCCACUGGCUCACUAAUUCAUAGUCAGCAUUAAUUGAUGGCAGCCUAAUCAUGCUGCCAGGUCAACGUUAGCCAGACACGCAACCGAUGGGCUAAUUAAUGUUUUGUGAUAAGAUUAUGGUUUCAUGAUAACAUGACACUAACGUCAGAAUUUAAGCAACUCACUAAGUCAUUAGUCACUGAUUUGGCAACUAUGUCCAAUUAAGAGGCCUUUAUGGGUGACUGAACAUACCGAUCAACGGAGCUUAACAAAUGAGUCAUCGCUCGCUUCCUUUCUUGUUGUUGUUGUUAUUCAAUACACUCAAAUGAUAUAUUUUAUGGAACUGCAAAAUGACUCAUCCUUCCACAUUGCGGACUUUACACACACUAAAGGUUAGUGUGCAGUAUACCGAUCAGCAGAAAAGGUUUCCACCUUAACAACGGUCAUUUUAAGUGAAACUGCAGCUCACUGCAGCUAACAUUGUUACACUUUAUUAUUUACAACAUGUUAUUACUGACAGCAUGUUAUUACUGACUGCAUAUUUAUACUGACAACAUGUUAUUACUGACAGCAUGUUAUUACUGACUGCAUAUUUAUACUGACAACAUGUUAUUACUGACAGCAUAUUAUUACUGACAACAUGUUAUUACUGACCGCAGGUUAUUACUGACAACAUGUUAUUACUGACUGCAUAUUUAUACUGACAACAUGUUAUUACUGACAGCAUGUUAUUGCUGACUGCAUAUUUAUACUGACAACAUGUUAUUACUGACAGCAUAUUAUUACUGACCGCAGGUUAUUACUGACAGCGUGUUAUUACUGACCGCAUAUUUGUACUGACAACCUGUUAUUACUGACAGCAUAUUAUUACUGACCACAGGUUAUUACUGACAGCGUGUUAUUACUGACAUCAUUUUAUUACUGACAGCAUGUUAUUACUGACUGCAUUUUAAUACUGACAGUAUGUUAUUACUGACUGCAUAUUAUUACUGACAACAUGUUAUUACCGACAGCAUAGUAUUACUGACAACAUGUUAUUACUGACAACAUGUUAUUACUGACAGCAUAUUAUUACUGACAGCAUAUUAUUACUGACAACAUGUUGUUACUGACAGCAUGUUAUUACUGACAACAUGUUAUUACUGGCAGCAUGUUAUUACUGACAGCAUGUUGUUACUGACAGCAUGAUAUUACUGACAGCAUGUUGUUACUGACAGCAUGUUAUUACUGGCAGCAUGUUAUUACUGACAGCAUGUUGUUACUGACAGCAUGUUGUUACUGACAGCAUGUUGUUACUGACAGCAUGUUGUUACUGACAGCAUGUUAUUACUGACAACCUAUUAUUACUGAAAACAUGUUAUUACUGACAGCAUAGUAAUACUGACAACAUGUUGUUACUGACAGCAUGUUAUUACUGACAACAUGUUGUUAGUGACAGCAUGUUAUUACUGACAACAUGUUGUUACUGACAGCAUGUUAUUACUGAAAACAUAUUAUUACUGACAACAUGUUAUUACUGACAGUAUAGUAAUACUGACAACAUGUUGUUACUGACAGCAUGUUAUUACUGACAACAUGUUGUUACUGACAGCAUGUUAUUACUGACAUCAUGUUAUUACCAACAACAUGUUAUUACUGGCAGCAUGUUAUUACUGACAACAUGUUGUUACUUGCAGCAUGUUAUUACUGACAGCAUGUUGUUACUGACAGCACGUUAUUACUGGCAGCAUGUUGUUACUGACAGCAUGUUAUUACUGACAACAUAUUAUUACUGACAACAUGUUAUUACUGUCAGCAUAGUAAUACUGACAACAUGUUGUUACUGACAGCAUGUUAUUACUGACAACUUGUUGUUACCGACAGCAUGUUAUUACUGACAGCAUGUUAUUACUGACAACAUGUUAUUACUGACAGCAUAGUAAUAAUGACAUGUUGUUACUGACAGCAUGUUAUUACUGACAGCAUGUUAUUACCGACAGCAUGUUAUUACUGACAGCAUGUCAUUACUGACAGCAUAUUAUUACUGACAGCAUGUUAUUACCGACAGCAUAUUAUUACUGACAGCAUAUUAUUACUGACAGCAUUUUAUUACUGACCGCAUAGUAUUACUGACAGCAUGUUAUUACCGACAGCAUGUUAAUACUGGCAGCAUGUUAUUACUGACAGCAUGUUAUUACCGACAGCAUGUUAUUACCGACAGCAUAGUAUUACUGACAGCAUUUUAUUACUGACAGCAUGUUAUUACUGACAGCAUAUUAUUACUGACAGCAUGUUAUUACUGACAGCAUGUUAUUACCGACAGCAUGUUAAACUGUAUAGGCCUACUGUAAACUGGCCAAAUCCAGCAUCAGUAAUUGUCAGUAAUUACUAGGCAGUCCGUGUCAACACGGAACCACAGUUCAGUGUCAAGUCUCUCCAUGGAGAUGAUAACUUUUCAGCCCUAGGCUCCACUUGUGUCUUUCCUGUAUAACACAGUGGGUACAUAAUAUGGCACUUAGUAGGGCACUCCAGUGUGUGAUCGUGAUGGCAAGGGUCCAGGACGAGUUAGCCAAGCACCCAGAAUUGGAGUCGUGAGUGUACACUCCACACACAGGGAUCAAGGACUCUUCAUCGCAGAGAGCCGUUGCCAUAGCAACCACAGCGUAGGCAGUCCGAACGUACUGUAUACAAUGAGAAAAAAGCGCUGCAUUACACACACACAUGCUGGUUUCUGUUGGGUGUUUUUUUUUUUUAUUCUCUAAAAUUAGGGUUUAUCUGAAGUCUCUUCUGAAAUCAGGGUUCCUCUGAAGUCUCCUGUGAAAUCAGGGUUACUCUGAAGUCUCCUCUGAAAACAGGGUUACUCUGAAGUCUCCUCUGAAAACAGGGUUCCUCUGAAGUGUCUUUACCUUUUCUUUCCCAGGCAGCCCCUAUGACAUGCUAUUGAGCUUUGAUACCGUCACCACACCACAAUUAUAAAACACAAUUUCAUAAUGCACCAUUGUCCAUGCUCAACAGGGUGGGCAUUUUGUGUUAGCGAGGGGAGGGAAGGAGAGGGGUAGUCUGGCUGACACGACCCACAUGACUACACAGCGAAGAGCUGUGACCCACUUGGAGGACAUCGAAAGCUGGUGUCAGGAGGACAUUGAAAGCUGGUGUCAGGAGGACUUCGAAAGCUGGUGUCAGGAGGACUUCGAAAGCUGGUGUCAGGGGGACUUCGAUAGCUGGUGUAAGGGCAACUUCGAUGUCAGUGUCAGGAGGACUUCGAAAGCUGGUGUCAGGGAAACUUCGAUAGCUGGUGUCAGGAGGACUUCGAAAGCUGGUGUCAGUAUAACUUCGAAAGCUGGUGUCCGUGGGACUUCAAAAGCUGGUGUCAGGAGGACUUCGAUAGCUGGUGUCAGGAGGACUUCGAACGCUGGUGUCAGUGUGACUUCGAAAGCUGGUGUCCGUGGGACUUCGAAGGCUGGUGUCAUGAGGACUUCGAUAGCUGGUGUCAGGGGGACUUCGAUAGCUGGUGUCAGGAGGACUUCGAUAGCUGGUGUAAGGGCAACUUCGAUGUCUGUGUCAGGAGGACUUCGAAAGCUGGUGUCAGGGGGACUUUGAUCGCUGGUGUCAGGAGGACUUCGAAAGCUGGAGUCAGGAGGACUUCGAAAGCUGGUGUCAGGAGGACUUCGAAAGCUGGUGUCAGGAGGACUUCGAAAGCUGGUGUCAGGAGGAAUUCGAUAGCUGGUGUCAGGAGGACUUUGAAAGCUGGUGUCAGGAGGACUUUGAAAACUGGUGUCAGGAGGACUUCGAUAGCUGGUUUCAGGAGGACUUCGAUAGCUGGUGUAAGGGAAACUUCGAUGUCAGUGUCAGGAGGACUUCGAAAGCUGGUGUCAGGGGGACUUCGAUAGCUGGUGUCAGGAGGACUUCGAAAGCUGGUGUCAGUAUGACUUCGAAAGCUGGUGUCCGUGGGACUUCAAAAGCUGGUGUCAUGAGGACUUCGAUAGCUGGUGUCAGGGGGACUUCGAUGGCUGGUGUCAGGGGGACUUCGAUAGCUGGUGUCAGGAGUACUUUGAAAGCUGGUGUCAGGAGGACUUCGAAAGCUGGUGUAAGGGAGACUUCGAAAGCUGGUGUCAGGGGGACUUUGAUAGCUGGUGUCGGAAGGACUUCGAAAGCUGGUGUCGGGAGGACUCCGAAAGCUGGUGUCCGGAGGACUUCGAAAGCUGGUGUCAGGGGGACUUCGAAGCUGGUGUCAGGGUGACUUCGAUAGCUGGUGUCAGGAGGACUACGAUAGCUGGUGUCAGGGGGACUUCGAAAGCUGCUGUCAGGGGGACUUCGAUAGCUGCUGUCAAGAGGACUUUGAUAGCUGGUGUCAGGAUGACUUCGAAAGCUGGUGUCAGGAGGACUUUGAUAGCUGGUGUCAGGAGGACUUUGAUAGCUGGUGUCAGGAGGAAUUUAAUAGCUGGUGUCAGGAGGACUUCGAUAGCUGGUGUCAAGAGGAAUUUGAUAGCUGGUGUCAGGAGGACUUCGAAAGCUGGUGUCAGGAGGACUUCGAAAGCUGGUGUCGGGAGGACUUCGAAAGCUGGUGUCAGGAGGACUUCGAAAGCUGGUGUCAGCCAGACCAAGAGAGAUGGAGGAGAGGAAGGAGAAGCUAGUGUGAGUCAUCAGUAGUAGAGAGAGGAGAGAGCUCAGACAAAGUUCCUGUUGUUGGUGAGCUGCCAGAAAGGUUAGCCUUGUCAAUCAAACAAGCAGUGAGCAUGAUCCGGUGACCCCCACGCUCUAUCUCUGCACCUCACAACGCUUUCCUCUGAGCAGGGGGGACACGGGAGAAGUGACACGCAGGUGACUUGUAACUGUCAUCACAAUGUUGCUAUGACCUCCCUUGUUUUGGCAGCAUACCACCCCUGAGUUGGUUAUCUCUCCUUGUAUCACAGCAGCAAUGCUGGAUUCUAGUGUUAGUUAGAAUCAAGAACUCAAUACUUCUGCAUUGCUCUCCCACCUAAUCCGAAUCUGUCAACCUCAACUCAAUACUUCUGCAUUGCUCUCCCACCUAAUCCGAAUCUGUCAACCUCAACUCAAUACUUCUGCAUUGCUCUCCCACCUAAUCCGAAUCUGUCAACCUCAACUCAAUACUUCUGCAUUGCUCUCCCACCUAAUCCGAAUCUGUCAACCUCAACUCAAUACUUCUGCAUUGCUCUCCCACCUACUCCGAAUCUGUCAACCUCAACUCAAUACUUCUGCAUUGCUCUCCCCCCUAAUCUGAAUCUGUCAAACCAGUGUAUUCACAUAACAGUGCCCUCCAGAGGCAUCAUGCCCAUUGAAACUGAGGGACAUGUGCCCACUUAAUAUCAUCCGUUUGUAGGAUGAAAUUGAAAAAAAACACAGUAGUAGUGUUUGAGAGGUUGUUGCACACUUUAAGCAAGUCGAUGUUGAUGGGAUGUUGAGUGUAGCCCAAAGGGUUUAUUUUACUUGAGGAUUUCAGAAUGCACUCUAGUUUGUCUCUCCUUUGUAUUGCUAUGUGUGUAUGUAUGUAUGUAUGUGUGUGUGUGUGUAUGUGUGUGUGUGCGUGUGCGUGUGCAUGUGUGUGUGCAUCAGUGUUUCAAAUCCAGAGCGGAAUUUCAAAAGGAUGCGCUCGGGUCCUACUUUAAAGUGCGUAAGAUGGAGACACUUCAAUUAUCUUUUAUUACUCCUCCUCCACACUCUCUUUUGUCACUUUCUCUCCAUCUCUGUUCUUUCCCCCUCCCUCCUUCUCUCCCUCUUUGACGAGGUCUCUGGAGCCUGAUGUCUCACUCGCUUUAUCUCUUUAUCUCUCUCUCCCUCUCUUUUUCUCUCUGUCUCUGUCUCUCUCUCUCUCCCUCUCUCUCUGUCUCUCUCUCCCUCUCUCUCUCUCUCUCUCUCUCUGUCUCUCUCUCUGUCUCUCUCUCCCCCUCUCUCUCUAUAUCGCUCUCUCUCCCUCUCUCUUGAUUCUCUCUCCCUCUCUCUCUGUCUCUCUCUCCCUCUCUCUCUCUGUCUCUCUCUCUCCCUCUCUCUCUAUAUCGCUCUCUCUCCCUCUCUCUUGAUUCUCUCUCUCUCUCUCUCCUGUCUCUCUUUCUGGGUGUUAGGGAGCAGGAUGUGUCUAAUGCUGUGCUGCUGUCAGCUUAGCUCCAAUGUUCCACAGUCAUACGGCCUCUCAUGAAAUCUGUCAGAAACCAGUAAAAGCGAGUAUUUUUGUAUUUGACAGAUGUGUUGUUGUUGGAAAGGUUUCAUUAUUCUGUGUUCAUUGAUUGUACAGUAUGUUUUUAUUAGAUGUGUGUAUAUCCUGAGAAUAGAGUGUAAAGUCAAUGCUUCAGCGGCUGUAUUUGUUACUGCAUGCAUAUUGUAGCAAUUUUGAAUUGAAUCGUGUAGCUUACUAUAUUUAUGUCCAGUCAUUCAACAUCUUUGCUUCACUGAAAUAUGUGUCGUAACAGGGUUAUAAUUCAAUUUCCAAAGAACCUAAGUGGAACAGGACAAAGCGUAACUGUAAGAUGAUAUAUACAAGAUUGUGUAUUUAUAAUCUGUGCCAAAUAUUUGGGAAUUGUAGGAAAUUGUGUAGCAUAACAAAAUAAACUAUGGAUUUAAAUACUGUAUAUUGAAAAAUAAAUAUUGAGAAUAAAAUGGUAAUAAGAUAUUGUUUA